AUGAGUCUGGUGCGGCAAAACUUCCACGAGGAGUGCGAGGACGCGCUCAACAAGCAAAUCAAUUUGGAGCUAUACGCCAGUUAUGUCUAUCUGUCCAUGGCAUACUACUUUGAUAGAAGCGAUGUCGCGUUACCGGGUCUGUAUAAGUACUUCAAGAAGGCGUCGGACGAGGAACGCGAACAUGCCAUGAAAUUUCUGAAUUAUCAGAACAAACGAGGUGGCGACGUCGUGCUGACAGACAUCCAGGCACCGUCCAGGAGAAACUGGAACAGCGCGAAAGACGCUAUGAUGGAGGCUCUGCAACUAGAGAAGAGAGUAAAUCAGAAGCUGCUUGAGCUUCACGGGAUUGCUUCGACACACAACGAUGCGAAUUUCAUGGAUUUUUUGGAGACUGAAUUCCUGCAGGAGCAGGUGGACGCAAUAAAAGAGAUCGCCGAUCAUGUGACGAAUCUGGAGAGAGUCGGGGAAGGUCUCGGUGUCUUUAUCUAUGACAAGGAGUUAAAAGAUUAAAAUAAUAUCGCAUCUAAGAGAUUUGCCAAAAUAAUUGAAUAAAAUAUAAAAACAUUUAAGUAUAGGGGACUUUAGAUACCCCAUGAGCAAAAUGUUAGCAGAAUGUCGCCAGAUUUGAUCAGAAAAUGUCAACAGAUUGACAUCAACUGCAAUUGGAUUCUUCUUUCGUUCUGUCGACAGAAUUGAUCUGUUCACAUAAUCAGACAACAAAUUGAAAUAUCAGAAUUUGCUGGCAGAACCUGAUAUUAAUAGAUCGACAGCAAAAAUCGAAUCUGCGUUGUUACUAAAUAUUUGCAAAAGUACUGCUAGGUGUUCGUUAGUACCUGUUUCUCAUUUAAAAUUUAUCAAACACUAUAUAAUUACAUACACACACACAUAUAUACUACAUAUAAAAUAUACAGGACGAUCCAUUUUAAUCAAUCCAAUCAUUUCUCGAAAUUAUUAAUGAUACGAAAAAAUGUUUCAGGUCAAAAUGAAACGGU